AUCACGCCAGACGGCAAGCAGCGAGCAACGAUCCACUCGACUUUUUAUCAUCCUCUUCAUCUCCUUCUUCUUAUCGUCUCCACCACAACCAAGCAAAGCAAAGCACCAUGCCCUCCUCCGUGUUCAACUCGUCCCGCCUGCAGGGCAAGACCGUCGUCGUGACCGGCGCCUCAGCCGGCAUCGGCGCCGCCACCGCGGUCCUCUUCGCCAAGGCGGGCGCCAACCUCGUCCUCCUUGCGCGCCGCCAGAACCUGCUCGACGAGGUCAAGGCGUCCGCCGAGGCCGGCGCCGCCGAGUUCGGCCAGAAGAUCUCGGUCGUGACCAAGACGCUCGACGUCAACGACCGCGCGGCGGUCGACGGGCUCGUGCCCGCGCUCAAGGCGGCCGGCGUCAAGUCGUUUGACAUCCUCGUCAACAACGCCGGCGGCGCAAUCGGCACCGAAAAGGCCGGCGACAUUGUCCUCGCCGACAUCGACUUCAUGAUCAACACCAACCUGUUCAGCUUGAUCCAGAUCACGCAGGUCUUCCUGGCCGAAUUCAAGGCCCAGGACUCGGGACACAUUAUCAACAUUGGGUCCAUGGCUGGUCGCGAGGCGUAUGUCGGCGGCUCGAUCUACUGUGCCGUUAAGCACGCCGUCCGCGCCUUCACCACGUCCGUCCGCAAGGAGGUCGUCGCGACCGGCAUCCGCGUCACCGAGGUCGCGCCGGGUGCCGUCGAGACCAACUUCUCCGUCGUGCGCUUCCGCGGCGACGAGGCGGCCGCCAAGAACGUCUACAAGGGCAUCGAGCCGCUCGUCGCAGAGGACAUUGCCGAGGAGAUUGUCUGGACCGCCAGCCGCCCCGCCCACGUCCAGAUCGCCGAGCUGUUCGUCCUCCCCACCGCCCAGGCCGCGGCCACCAUCUACGGCCGCAAGGAGUAGACAAACUAGCCAGGAGGAGUAGGUGAUGCAGAAAUGCUAGAUGUACAAUGGUGAGGUGUGGUGGUGUGAUGUGGCAGCUACUCGUGCCCGCCUACGCCUUCUUGCGCUUGUCCUGUCCCCCGCGCCCCCCGCGGCUCCGCGCCUCGCGAGCGCCAGACCAUGACCGUCCACCGGGCUUGACAGCGGGCCGGCUCUCCACCUUGCCGAGCACGUCGCGCAGCUCGGACGCGUACUUGCUCUGUCCAGCGUGGCUCAUGCCGAACACAACGACACGCCCCGGGCGGCCGGCGCGCCCCGUCCUCCCCGCGCGGUGCACAAAGUCGAGCACGUUGCGCGGCGGCUCUAUGAGAUACGACGUCGUGACGGCCGGCGAGAAAUCGAGGCCUCGGGAGAGGAGCGACGUGGUGACAAGCACGCGCGGCGCGCCCUUUGCCGCGCCGGCGGGCGACUCGCUCGCGGGGUCCUUGCUCCGCUUGUGCGAGACCAAGAAGCUGUCGAGCGCGGCGCCAUUGUACCCCGGCACGCGGCUGUCGCUCUCGCCCGUCCACGCAAGGCACGGGAUGCCCUUCUCCUCGAGCUUGGCGACGGUCGAGUUGACCUUGCUGACGCUGCCGGCGAACACGACGGCCAUGGUGCGGGAUUUGGGCGCAUUGUCGAUGCCGUACGCCUCGACCUUGGCCUCCUGCGCCUCCUCGGCAAAGCCGCGCUUGAUCUCGUGCGCGACGUCGGCGAGCGGGUUGCCCGCGCCCGACCACGGCACGAAGCGCGUCUCGAGCGCCUUGGGCAGCUUGUGCAGCCCGGGCGAGAGGAGCUUUGUGAACUCUGACGCUGAGAGCAGCGGGUCCGUCUCGAUCGCGCGGAGAAUCGACGGCGGCAGCGUAGCCGUCACGAGCAGGAUGUUGAGGCCGACCGUCGCGGCGCGUAGCUUGGCGAGCACGGCGGCGGUCUCGGGCAAAAAGUCGGGGCCGAGGAGCACGUCCGCCUCGUCGAUCACGACCCACUCGACGCGUGACAGGUCGAUGCGGGGCUUGUCGUUUUCUGGCCGUCUCCUCCGCUUCUCCACCUCCUCCCUCUCCCAGAUCUCCUUGUCCUCCUUCUUCUUGUCCCUGCUCUCGUCCUUCUCCCGCGUGUCCGUCUCCUCACGCGGGAUACCGAGGAGGUACGCGGCCGUCCGCCCCGUAGCAAAGAGCACGUCGACCUCGCCCGCGUCCUUGACCGCGCCGGGCGAGCUCGCGCCCACGACGGUCAGCUUGGCCUGGUGCGUGAUGCCCUUCGCCACUGCCGUGCUCUGGCGUGUGAGCUCGUGCGUCGGCUGGAGGACGAUUGCGCGCGGCGCCACCGGUCCCGGCGCGCGCGAGGGCACCCGGUCGUCCUGCUUGAGGUGGUGGACCAAGGGGAGGAGGUACGCGAGCGUCUUGCCGCUGCCCGUCUCGGCGCCGAGGAUCGCGCGGACCGCGUGCGAGUUGAUGCCGUUGGUGCGCGUCAGUUCCGAGUCGAUCAGCCGGGAGAGCGCCAAGCUCUGGAUCGGCAUCGUCUCGCCCUUGGCACCGAAGCGCUCCUCCAGCGCGGUGAGGAGACCGGGGUGCAGGCCGAACGACGCAAACUUGCGCGGGCGCGCGAGCUCGACGUUGGCCUUUUGCUGAUACUCCGGCUUGACUUUCGGUGCGGCUGCGGCCUCGGCGGCACGCUUGGCGGGCAUGAAGCCGCCACGGCCGUCGGCACGCCACUGGGGCUUCUCGCGCUGGGCCUGUGUGCGGGGCUUGCCUCCGUCGCGCUUGUCCUCUCCACGACCGUCCCGAGCGCCACGGCCCCGAGGGAAGGCCGCGAGGCGCUGCGACGUCGUCUUGGGCGUGGCGCCGGCGCUGCGCUCAGCCCACGACGGGCGACCGCUCGGUGCGCGGCGGGGGCCUUUGGAGCGGUCGCCAGCAGGUCGUGUCGAUGCUGGGCGGUCGCGGGACGGCCGGUCGCCAGCCGGAGCAGGUCGGUCGCGUGCAGCGGCGCGCUCGUGCGACGCAAAGCCGGGCUUGACGCCAAACGAUGUGCGGGGAGUGUACGCCCCCACGACCGCCGACGUCGCCAGGCCGCGUGCGGCCAGUAAUGGCGCAGGCAGCAGGCGCUGUAUUCUCAGCAUUGUGUGUGUUUG